AUGGCUGAAGUCGACCACGAGGUCAACAUCGAACAGUCUCUAGAGGAUAGCCGAGCAGAUGUUGAAAGCGUUGCUUCCUCGAGCACCAGCAUCAGCGGCUCGAUUUUAGACUACCGAUUCGAAAAUGGCAGGACGUACCAUCGUUACAAAGACGGCAAAUACGCGAUCCCCAACGAUGAGCGAGACAACGAUAGAAUGGAUAUGCAACAUCAUAUAUGCCUCAUAACCCUUGGUGGCAGGCUAGGACUAGCACCUCCAUGCCAGCCCGAGGUCAAAGUCAAGCGAGUACUAGACGUAGGCACCGGUACAGGCAUCUGGGCUAUCCAGUUUGCUGGUGAUCACCCCGAAGCUGAGGUACAUUUAAAGGAAUUAAUGGACCUAGAAUACGCGUUUGAUCGUAGGCAGGUUCUCGGCGUUGAUCUUUCCGCUACACAACCAGACUUCCUGGCUACGAAUGUCGAGUUCGAAAUCGAUGACAUCGACGAGGAGUGGACAUAUACCCUUCCGUUCGAUUACAUCCACAGUCAUUUCAUGUCAUCCAGCAUCGCAGACUGGAAGGUGUACCUUACCAAGUGUUUCAAGCAUAUCCAACCUGGCGGUUAUCUCGAACUACAGGAGCCAGAGAUGGAAUUCCAGGCCGACGACGGCACAUUUCCUUCCGAUUGCCCCUUGGCCAAGUACGGCAACCUCCUGAAGGAAGCCGCGGCCAUACUUGGGCGUGAGUACGUUGCGGUGUCUUCCUUGAAGACACUGAUGGUUGAGGUGGGCUUCCAGCACGUGACACUGAGCCGGUACAAGUGGCCCAUCAACACGUGGCCCAAGGAUCCCGCGUUCAAGGAACUGGGCGCCUGGGGCUUCAAGAACAGCAAUGCUGGUCUUGAGGCUAUUUCCAUUGCGCCACUGACGCGCGCUCACAAGUGGACUAGAGAGGAAGUGGAUGUCUUUUUGGCUGAUGUCCGGAAGGACUUGGCUAACAAAAACUACCACACCUAUAUUCCCAUGUAAGUCUCACCAUCGUGCUUGGACAUUGGCCAACGCCGUUCUCAUAUUGACUUGUUGGACUCGGGUAUUUUGUUGUUGGACGUAAACCGGAAUAGAGGCAGUAAAACCAACGCGAAUCUUGAAAAUGAUGGCGCACGAAAUGUUUGAUUAGGAACGGGAUGUAGGUGUUUGGAGAUUCGGCAAGUAGUCGUGCCAG